AUGGCGCUCGCGGGUGGAUUCAACAUGGACCUCGGCACGCUCCUGAAGCGGCACCAGCCCGAGGGCGCGGCCGCGGGCGGGGAAGGCAGGGCAGCCGAGGACGCGGACGACUGCCUGGCUGCAGUAGAAGGAGCGCUCAAAGCGCGAGACAUCCAAUCAGUCCUCAACAUCUUGCUCAAGAUGGCUUGCCAGCACGCGCAGCUUCUCAGGGACAUGGCGGCAUCGGAGUGGAUCAGCGUCGCGACGCCGACGGAGACGGACAUCGUGAAGGUGGGAAAGGACACGGGCAGGCAGUACGCGCAGGUGGCAGCGAUACAGGCGGCAACGACAGACCUGGGCCCUCCUCAUUUGUACAUCGCGCGCGGCGCGUUCAGAUCCCUCUCGGAGUCAGCGGAGAUCCAGCAGAAAGAGGCAGCAUCGCACCAGUUGGUGCACACCUUCUACACCAAGUACGUAUCAGGAGCGAACGCGAUGGAACUUGGCUUGAUGAUCAGACACUUCCGACUGCGCAAGUGCAACAACGAGGAGUACACGCGGAUCCAGUUCGCGAUCUCGGACGGCCUGGCCAUUCCCAAGGUGGGCACUGGGAAGGGGGUGUCGAUGAGCAAGUUGGAGAUCGAGCAGGCGGUGGUGAACUUCCUAGUUGCGGUGGGCGGUCGCAUGAAGCUCGGAGCAGCCCCUCAGGGGCACCUGGAACAGCUGGCACAGAAGCUUCUCGACAAGGGCAAGAAGACCGACAAGGGCGACAAGAAACGUUAG